AUGGGCAAGGCAGCCAAGUCUAGCCGUAAAUUUGCGGCCAGUGGCAAGCUAAAGCAGGCGAUUCAAUCGCGGAAGAAGCACCAGCAGAUGCAGAAGAAAAUCCAGGGCAGACGCGGGGCACACGGGAAGGGAAAGCAACAAGCUGCUACUGAAGAGACCGGUAGUGACAACGAUGACGAAAAGGACGUGAAGGGCGCGCCCAAGAAAGCAGGAAAAGACGUGAAGAAAAUGACUGUCGAGGACUUACUUGGUGCUCAAUUCAUGGAUGAUGACGAUGAUGCUGAGGAAGAUGAGGAUGAUGCUGCAGGUGACGAGUUGAAUGCAGCCGAGGAAGAAGAAGAAGACGUAGCAGACGACCAGUCCUUUGCAUCAGUGGAUGACCUUGAGGAUCAAGGCACAAUUCACAUGCUCGAACUCGCACAACUCGCGGAGAAGGACCCCGAAUUCUACAAGUACCUGCAGGAGAAUGACCGCGAGCUCCUUGAAUUCAGCGCUACCCAGGGGAGCCCAGACGAAACGGAUGACGAGGAUGAUGUCAUGGAUGAAGAUGAAGAUGAUGAAGAUGAAGGAGAGGAAAUACCUAUUCUUACUACUGACAUUCUCAAAACUUGGCAAAGAGCGCUCCUUGAGCAUCGUUCGCUACGAGCCCUGCGCAAACUGCUCAUUGCAUUUCGCUCUGCAGUGCAUAUGAAUGCAGACAACCAGGUUCUUUUAUGGCGUAUUGAUAAUGCUGCAGUGUACACAAAGCUUGUAACGACAUCCCUGCGGUAUACGCCAAUUGUGCUCGCCUAUCAUGUCCCAUAUAAAACGCUUCCAAACGGUAAAUUUAAACAACCUACACAGUCUGCAAAGCAGAAAGCGCUGCAAAAACUGACUCUGUCUUACUUCAACAAUGUGGUUCAUCUGAUCCCGCAGCUCACCGACUCUGAGACUUUGCGUCUCGCACUCACAGAGAGUGCGAAGAUCCUCCCUUACGUCGUCUCGAGCCGCAAGGCCGUCAAGACGUACCUGAAGCAAUGCUUAGAAUUGUGGUCCACAGGUGAGGACGACAUACGAAUAGCUGCGUUCCUUGCUAUUCGUCGCCUUGCGUCUUCCACUGAAGACUCUAUCGUGGAUCUUGCGCUCAAGAGCACAUACUUGGCGCUUGUGCGCGCGUGCAAGUCUACGAGUACCUAUCGGCUACCAUCCCUCACACUUAUGAAGAAUUCCGCAUGCGAAUUGUUCUGUGUAGAUCAUAGUGCAACUUACCCCCACGCAUUCGGGUACAUACGUCAACUUGCAAUACUUCUGCGUGGGGGCAUGAAGACAAAAACAAAGGAAGCGUACAAACAGGUUUACAAUUGGCAAUACGCGCAUUGCGUCGACUUCUGGGCGCUUGUUCUAGGUCGCGCGUGCGAUGCACGGGCGCAGGCCGAACGAGGGGGACAGGAGAGCGAGUUAUGGCCACUCAUCUACCCACUUGUACAGGUCAGUCUGGGUGCCAUCAAGCUCAUUUCGAAUUCACGUUCAUAUCCAUUCCACUUACACAUCGCACGCUCGAUGCUGCAUUUGACGCGACACACGCGCACUUACGUACCAUUGACACCUUAUCUCCUUCCUAUCAUCUCCUCUACCCUCACGGCAUCCGGCAAGCCCAAGUCAUCCACGCUGCGCCCUCUCGACAUGGAAACGCAUAUACGUGCGCCCGCGCAGUACGUUAAAACACGGAUUUAUGCGGCGGGACUUGUGGAAGAGACGGUAUUCAUUCUUGCGGAAUGGCUCGGCAGUGGCCCAGUGCAUGGAAGCGUCGCUUUCCCUGAACUGAUCGUGCCCAUCGUUGUCACACUCCGCCGGACGCUCAAAAAUUGCAAGGAUCUAGGGAAGGAAGCGGGAAUGGUAAAAGGCCUUUUGGAGCGGGUGGAAGAUUGCAUAAAUUUCGGUCCAGGAAAAAUGGGCGAGGUUGAACAUUGGGAGGCCAACGUGCAGAUAGAGGAGUCACCCCUGGGAAAGUACCUGAAAGUGCAACGGAAGACCAGGGAAAAGCGCAAGAGGAUGAUCGAUAAGGCCAACAAGGGGGAGGAUGAGAUCUUAGAAGACUGA